CUGCAGCAGCCCCAUAUGGAGGCUGAUAGCCCGGACUCCCGCAAACGACCGCUGGAAACUCCGACGGAGGAGGCCGGCUGUACCAAGCGAACCAACACUGGAGAGGAGGGUGAGUACUUCCUGAAGGUGCUGAUCCCCAGCUAUGCAGCCGGCUCUAUAAUUGGCAAGGGCGGCCAGACCAUCGUACAACUGCAGAAAGAGACGGGUGCCACCAUUAAGCUGUCUAAAUCCAAAGACUUCUACCCAGGAACAACAGAACGCGUCUGUCUGAUACAGGGUACAGUCGAAGCCCUCAAUGGUGUUCACAACUUCAUUGCGGAGAAAGUCCGUGAGAUGCCCCAGAGCGCCCAGAAACCCGAACCAGUCAGCAUACUGCAGCCACAGACCACUGUCAACCCUGACCGCGUCAAACAGGUGAGAUACUGGACAGUCAGUGGGUCUGAGGGUGUGUGGUCUCCGUGCGGUAGGAACAGUUCACUUCCAGGACACCUUGCCAAAUUGAUCGUGCCCAAUAGCACAGCUGGGCUGAUCAUUGGCAAAGGCGGAGCCACAGUGAAAGCAGUGAUGGAGCAGUCAGGGGCUUGGGUGCAGCUCUCCCAGAAGCCAGAGGGCAUCAACCUGCAGGAACGAGUAGUUACCAUCAGUGGGGAGCCUGAACAGAACCGCAAGGCUGUGGAAAUCAUAGUUCAGAAGAUCCAGGAGGACCCUCAGAGCAGUAGCUGUCUCAACAUCAGCUAUUCUAACGUCUCGGGCCCAGUGGCCAACUCCAACCCCACUGGCUCCCCCUACGCCAAUACGGCCGAGGUGCUGCCCAAUGCAGCCGCAGCAGCCGCCACUGCCUCCAGCCUUCUGGGUCAGGCCGGCUUGACGGGAAUGGGCGCCUUCCCCGCCGCCAUGUCCAGCUUCUCUGGCAAUGAUCUGUUGGCCAUCACCUCAGCCCUCAACACAUUGGCCAGCUAUGGCUACAACACUAACACCCUCGGCUUGGGCCUCAACCCUGCAGCUGCUUCUGGGGUCCUCGCUGCAGUAGCAGCCAGUGCUAACCCGGCUGCUGCUGCUGCAGCUAACCUGCUAGCCUCCUACGCUAGCGAUGCCUCCAGCAGUGCUGGCCACCCUGCUACAGGCCUUGGUGGGUUCUCCUUGGGUUCUCUAGCAGCUGCUACAGGGGCUUCCAAUGGUUACCUAAAUGCUUCAUCACCACUGAUGGCCUCCUCCCUACUGGCAACAGAGAAGUUGGCGGAUGGGGCCAAGGACGUGGUUGAGAUUGCUGUUCCCGAGAAUCUGGUUGGUGCCAUUUUGGGGAAAGGAGGGAAAACGCUCGUAGAGUACCAGGAGCUAACAGGAGCCCGCAUCCAGAUCUCCAAAAAGGGAGAGUUCAUUCCUGGUACUCGGAACCGUAAAGUUACCAUAACAGGGUCGCCAGCCGCUACACAAGCAGCGCAGUAUCUGAUCAGCCAGCGGAUCACUUACGAGCAGGGUGUGCGUGCUACCAACCCACAAAAGGUGGGCUAA